GCUCCGAUAUAGUACCUAAAUCACACACAAAGUGUAUUGUACAACCAGAGCUUUCAUGCCAGAGUAUAACCAGUCCCGAUGGAACCGAGAUACAACUACUGCCGAAACUCAUUGCGGAGCCACCGGUCCCUUAUCCGUGGAUGAACGAGAGAGACCAGCACCUAAUCUGCCGUUUACCAGAUUGCUUUAUGAAUCCAUGUGGGAAUGAAAUAUGCGAAGAAACCAUGGACUCAUUUAAGUGUCUGUCUGCACCAGGCUACACCGGCAAACACUCCGAAUUCGCAUUGGGUGCAAAGAUGUUUGUGACACCAUACACCCUAGACAAUGAUGACAGUCCCGGUUUAUUUGUUGCUGAUCUACAAGAAGAGUUACGCUUUUCUUCAAUACCAGCCACUCGAGAACCGUCUAACAUUGCUUACGACUCACAGCAGAAGAAGAUUUACUGGACCGACAAAGAUGUCCAUAAAGUGUUUCGUGCUAACGCCAGUGGUGGUACACAGAGGGAAGAAGUCUCCUACGAAAAUAAUGAUAGGUCGCAUAUUUCGAUUGCUGAGUCACUGGGCCUUUUGUUCAUCGGUUACUUGAGCGGAAAGAAAGUAACAACUACCGACAUUAAACCAGGAAACACAUUCCCACAGACGGAAACGGAUUUUAAAACUGGAUUAGAGGCCGGGCUUUCGAGUAUGGCUGUUGAUGAAGGAGAGGGGUAUGUAUUAUGA